AUGAAUCGGAAAGUUGAACCCGUCCCAAUAAAACGCUACUAUCGUCGUGAAUUAGAGUCGGACAACGAGGAGAAAAUCUCGUCGAAAUCCUCUUCGGAGUCGGACAAUGAAUCUAAAGGAGGUCGUUCUUCAUUUGCUGAUAAUGACGACCAACAAAGAAGAUACCAACAUGACGACAAUGACGGGGGUAAGAGAACAGCCUCUUCUUCGGGCAAUCGAUAUUCGAAUUCCGCUAACGCUCACCACAGCACAUCCUCCUCCAAAGAUUCUCAUGGAAAAUCAUCUGCUCCAUCUAAGCUAACUCCACAGGAGAUUUUGAAGCGAAGAAUGCAAGCUCAGUUGAAUAAGACAAUGAGUGCCGAGAAAAAAGCGGAAUCAGAGCGACUCGAACAGCAAGAACGUGAACGAAUGGCUCGUGAGGAAGGUCUGCGUAAACAGGCGCAACAAAUGCGUCAACGAGAAAUUGGGAAGCGUUUGGCCGAACGGGGACUCCAACAUCCAUUCACUAGUUCUUAUCGACGUCGUUCUUUCUCUUCUUCGUCUUCCAGGUCAUCCAGUCGUUCACCGAGGUCCCCGAAUGUUCCAUCGGCCAUCCGGCGUGGUUCUUCACCUCCAUCACCCUUCAAUUUAGAAAUGAGUCUAGGUGGACCCUCUAGAGCUCGUCUGCGUCGUUCUCCCUCACCUUUUCGUCGUCGGGAUUAUCAGAGUCGGUAUGGUGUUAAGGGUCCACGCAGACAGCCUUGA